AUGUGGCUGCACAAGCUCCAGACAUCACAUCUCCAUUCCAGCCAACAGGAAGAGAAAGUGAUAACGGAGGGUGCCACACUCCACACGAGCGGUCCCGGCCAGGCACCUCCAGACCACGCCCCUGGCUGUGCCGAGUCUCAGGCAACGCCCGGAGGCUCCUGCCCUGCACCUGCCAGAGGCCGCCUUCCGGGCAGUGUCCCCGGCGCGCCGGGGACCCCGAGGAGCUUGGUACGUCCUCUUUUUUCCGCGCCUUCGAGAGGAGGUGGUCUCCCCGCUCUGCCUCGGUGGCUCUCGGCGCAGUUUGGGAAAAUCACCCAUUCCCAGGAAACGAUCCCAACACCACUCGGAGAGCGCCCGGACUGUGAGCGCCACCGGCUGGGGUGGGAGAAGGAACGCCGUAGGAAGCAGGCGGGAGGACGACUGACUGCUGGGAACAUCAGCAUCACUUCCCCGGCGAGCUCACACCUUAACUGUGCUGUUCAUCCUUACCUGUGCACUUGGCUAUGUGACUCUCCUGGAAGAAACACCUCAAGACACAGCCUACAACACCAAGAGCUUACUGGAGGUUUUGGCUGUGCGUUAGUGUGGUCUAUGAGCUGUUUCUCAUCUUUAUACUCUUCCAGACCGUCCAGGACGGCCGACAGUUCCUGA